AUGACAUCAUUAAUAUGCUUGCUGUUAGAUAUCUUUAAACGCCUAUACCACCAGCUUUAUUUUGUGUUUAAACAGUGUGAGUAUAACCGUGACCUCAGUGGUUGGAGUGGUUGCCACUACGGCAGAGGCAUUGCUGGCUCCGGCUGGCAGUGCAAUGAGAAGCAAUGUCCUAACCAAACAUGUGACCAAAAGCAUGACCAAAUAUGCAACCAAAACUGUAACCAAAGUGUUAAGUGCGGCCUUAAGUCGCCGCUUCAGUCCUUCUUAGAGGACGGACUUCCUGCUUUUUUGCCACAUCAAGUGAAGUCUGAGAGAGGCAAACUUGAGUGCCCAGUAAAACAGCACUUUAACUUACCAUGUAAAACACCAAUGGGCUUCACUGAUAUCAGCCAUAUGGCAUCGCAUACGCACGUUGGUAAACACAUUUACGUCUCUCUUGCCAGAAUAUGUGGCGAUGAAUGGUCUCCCCUCAGCAGACUAUGUGCCCAGCUGAGCUGUCUCCUUCCUACUGCGCCGCAGACACUCGGUGACAUGUUUGCAUUUUAUUACACUUUCCUCAACGGGUGGAAACUUACCCAGAACAAUCGUAAGUUACAUAGGGAGGAGGCAUUUAAAAGUGCCGUAAGGAGUGCCAACUUCGGGGAUCCCCAAACAGAUUUGGACGUCACUCCUCUAUUCAAGAGCAGCGGUCACAAAACCGGACAAACUAGUAAACAUCUCACCGGCGAUUUGUAUUCCCUAGUUAACUGCCAUGGUGAAUCAACAACUCCAUCCCACCCGUGUGGUCCGUACCUGCGACCAAUUUGUCAAGACAUGUGCAGUAUGUUUGCCGCUAAGAACAAUGAAAAAUAUCUUACGUGGAUCGUAUAUUUGACGGACUCAUUCCACGGGUUGUUGAAAGCUUUGUAUGAGGAAUGCAAGAAUACGUGUGACGGUGACAGGGCCAAAUGCCGUAUUAGUAAGUGCAACAAAGGUUGCAAGGCUAUACACUCGCCGAUGUCCCCAACCUCCGCGCACACUGAUAACUGCAAUUCCAUUGUCAACUGCAAAUUUAUACGUCCGACAUUGUAUAAAUAUGGGUUCACUCACAAGGACUGCAAAAGCCUGUCUGACAACUCGGGUAAGCGGACGUGUAAAGAUUUUUGUAUGAUACUGAAAAGUGCAAUCAGCGAAGAAUGCUCAAAAAGAGCAGCGCUCGCGGAGCUCAUAUACAAGACGAUUCCCGACUACCUGUGCGAAAUCAGAUGGCCAUUUAUGUUAACGUUGUUAGCCCUCUGGUCGCUCUCGCUCCUGUACCUGCUGCACAUCGUAGUCGUCCGGCUAGACGUCCUGAGGAUACGCUCCCACCUGCGCUCGCCCUCAAGCCACCGCAUCGCCGCGCAGUCCCUCCUCGCCGCCGCACGCGUCAAGGCACUCGCCAACGUCAAGUACUUCUCGCCGUAA